AGUUGAAGGCGACAUCUUGGAACCGGGCAUUUCUUUGGGCGUUUGCGUUAACUGCGUUUUAUGGAGCUCCGGGGACUCGAACCGUAGCUGCUUCUCCUUUCUAGUGUUAUAAACAAACUGAAAAGGCUGGGAACGUGACGCUAGGUUUACCGCGUUUUGCACAGAGGAAUCCUCCCUGUCACUUCGGGUUGGUGGGUGCUUUGAGAGGUCCUAACCGCUAUGGACCCACCAGCGAAGGGGUAGUCUGGUUCAGUGUGCGGUGUGUGAAAGCGGAAGACUAGCUAAGAAGGAUUGGGAACAUUUAUGUGCAAUGAGCUAUUCGCUGCCUUUUUCUGUUUUGCUGAUGGGACUGCUGCCAACAAGAACCAUGGCUUGGACCUCAACUGGGAAGACACAUGCUGAACUGAUCAACAAUCUGUAUAAAAAUGGUGUGAUUAAAUCCCAACGUGUUCAUGCUGUGAUGCUGGCUACCGAUAGAGCCCACUAUGCCAGUUAUUUUCCGUAUAUGGAUUCUCCUCAGUCAAUUGGAUUCAAGGCUACUAUCAGCGCACCUCACAUGCAUGCUCAUGCUCUUGAGUUACUGAAGGACCAGCUAGUGGAAGGAGCGAAGGCAUUAGAUGUAGGAUCAGGAAGUGGCUACCUCACUGCUUGUUUUGCUAGGAUGGUGGGCCCCACAGGCAAGGCAAUAGGUAUUGAGCACAUAGAAGAAUUGGUCCAUGAAUCCUUUAGGAACGUCAGAAAAGAUGACCCAAACUUACUUAGUUCUGGACGAGUGAAACUUUUAGUUGGGGAUGGUAGGACGGGAUAUCCUGAAGAAGCCCCAUAUGAUGCCAUCCAUGUUGGAGCAGCUGCACCCACUGUGCCAAUGGAGUUGCUUAAUGAACUGAAACCUGGAGGACGACUGAUUUUGCCAGUAGGGCCAGAAAAUGGAAACCAGGUUAUGAUGCAGUUUGACAAAACGAUGGAUGGCCAGAUUGUGGAAAAGCAUCUGAUGGGUGUGAUAUAUGUUCCUCUGACAGACAAAGAAAAACAGUGGCCUCGGGGUGAACUUUAAAAGAUUUAAAUAGCUUAUAAAGGACCUUUUGAAAAUCUAUGAACUAUGUUUGGAACCAUUGAUGUUUGCAGUACUUUAUAUAUGAAUGCUCAUUUCUCCUCUUUGAAAAUAACAUUUGACCUGUAAAACUUGGGUGGAAUUUGGAAACAAAGCAAUACAAAUUGGUUGAUUCAGGGAUAACACAUCUCACAAUUGUCAAUAAUUCUUGUGUGUAUCAAUGUAGAAUAAACAAUGGAGAUAGAAAUCUGUACUUUCUGUGGCUUUUAUAAGUGUGUUAAGAAAUGGUUUAUUUGUGAUUUAAUAUUUGGAAAGUAUCCUGUUAUCGCAUAAAACAGUAACAAUCUUAUCUAAUUAUCAACAGUCUGAUAAUAUGGGAUCUGUUUUUCUGAUCAAAAAGUGAAUAAUUGUACUUAACAGCCUACUUUUCUGUGGUCUAUCCAUAUUUUAGCUGAAGUUAUACUGAACACCUGAAGGCACUUUGUGCCCCAAAGCAAAAAUAUAAAUUAGAAUGAGUAAAAGCUCUGUAGACAAAUAUUUCCUUGAGGCUUAAAGAUCAAUAAUCGAUGCCUAUAAUUAAUAUAUUUGGGGGUAGACCAAUAGAAACAAAGGAUUGAACUUGUUGACCUAAAUGGCUCCUUCUAUGAUUCUAUGUAGAUUUAAGUAAAAUCUAGUAUUUCUGUAUUCCCAAUUCUUUUGACAACAAAGAAUUAGGUAAUCUAUUUACCCAUAAACUAGACUGCUGAAAGGAAAAAUGGGAGUAGGGAAUGAAGCAGAUUUUUAUAUAGUGUGACUGCAGUCUCAGUUGUGAUAUUGACAAUAAAUUCUGUUCACAAUCUGUCCAGA